UUCAGCUUAUAGUGACUUCAUAUCUUAGAGACUCCUACAUUUGACUCUCUGGAAGUUUAAUUAAGUUUAAUGUACUUUGCAAUGUUGGUUAUUGUCAUCACUUUUUGCUAACAGAUUUGAACACCCAGCUGGUGGAUACAAGAAGAUUUUUGAGACAUGUGAGGAACUGGCUGAGCCUCUCCCGGCAACAGUCACAGGUAGGAUUCCUUCAUUUCUGAAGGGAAGUCUUCUCCGUUUGGGUCCUGGACUUUUUGAGGUUGGAGAUGAACCUUUUUACCAUCUCUUCGACGGCCAGGCCCUCAUGCACAAAUUCGACUUCAAGAACGGCCAGGUCACCUACUACCGGAAGUUUGUCAGAACAGACGCCUACGUGAGAGCCAUCACAGAGAAGCGUGUGGUGAUCACUGAGUUCGGAACGUUUGCGUACCCCGAUCCCUGCAAAAACAUUUUCUCCAGGUUCUUCUCCUACUUCAAGGGUGUUGAGGUCACGGACAACUGCCUGGUGAACGUGUACCCUAUUGGUGAGGACUUUUAUGCUGUAACAGAAACCAACUUCAUCACGAAAGUAAACACUGACACCUUGGAGACACUGAAGAAGGUUGACAUGUGCAACUUUGUCAACAUCAACGGAGUGACAGCCCAUCCUCACAUUGAGAGAGAUGGGACGGUGUAUAACAUCGGAAACUGCAUGGGGAAAGGAGCCACGCUGGCCUACAACAUUGUCAGGAUUCCACCCACACAGAAAGAUAAAUCUGAUCCCAUUGAGAAGUCCAAGGUGGUGGUGCAGUUCCCCAGUGCUGAGAGGUUCAAGCCCUCCUAUGUGCACAGCUUCGGCAUGUCAGACAACUACUUUGUCUUUGUGGAGACCCCGGUGAAAAUCAACCUGCUGAAGUUCUUGAGCGCUUGGAGCAUCCGAGGCUCCAACUACAUGGACUGCUUUGAGUCCAACGAAGCUCAAGGAACCUUGUUUCACAUUGCCAGGAAAUACCCAGGAGAGUACAUCGAUCACAAGUUCAAAGGGGCUCCCAUUGGCAUGUUCCACCACAUCAACACCUACGAGGACCAAGGCUUCAUUGUUGUUGACCUCUGUGCAUGGAAAGGUUUUGAGUUUGUGUACAACUACCUCUGGUUGGCCAACCUGAGAGCCAACUGGGAAGAGGUGAAGAAAGCGGCCAUGAUGGCGCCACAGCCAGAGGUCCGCAGAUAUGUCAUUCCUCUGGACGUCCACAAGGAGGAGCAGGGGAAGAACCUGGUCAGCUUGCCGUACACCACGGCCACAGCGGUGAUGCACGCUGAUGGGAUGAUCUGGCUGGAGCCAGAGGUGCUGUUCUCCGGGCCACGCCAAGCCUUUGAAUUCCCUCAGAUCAACUAUGAAAGAUACGGAGGGAAGAACUACACAUAUGCUUAUGGCCUUGGUCUCAACCAUUUCAUUCCAGACAGGAUCUGCAAGUUGAAUGUGAAGACCAAGGAGACCUGGGUUUGGCAAGAACCAGACUCCUACCCCUCAGAGCCCCUGUUUGUUCAGACUCCCGAUGGAGUGGACGAGGAUGAUGGUGUGCUGCUGACCAUUGUGGUGGCUCCCGGCUCCCAGAGACCAGGAUACCUCCUCAUCCUCAACGCCAAGGACCUGUCUGAGAUCGCCCGGGCGGAGGUGGAGUGCAGCAUGCCCGUCACCUUUCAUGGGAUGUACAAGCCAUAGUAGUGCUUUUUCUCAGGGUUAUCAACUGCCGCUCAGUAUUAAUAAAUAAUGACUACUGUAUCAUCAUCUCAAGGAAAAUAAAGCUUUAUCAGACAAAAUGGUUUAAUGUUCUCACAAUCAAAUCACCUCUUUUGAGUCUAGUUGCCAUGUCCUGACCCCCGAAUCGUCAGCGCCGGUAUGAUGAGAAUAAACAUGGAUUUGAUUACAUGCUGUGGAUAUGUAAUGGUUGAAAAAAUAAAUCUGACAAAAUCACAACAUGUGGCUGUUUUGUGUUUUUCCUGCUAUGUGAUAUGUUUACGCGCUUUGUACGAGGAAGCAAAGCGGCAAACUGAGCAGAGACUUUAAUCCCAGU